CCCGCCCGGGGACCGCGCUCGCCGUCGGCCCGACGCCGCCAUGAGCGCCGCGCUCUUCAGCCUGGACGGCCCGGCGCGCGGCGCGCCCUGGACUGCGGAGCCCGCCGCCUUCUACGAGCCCGGCCGCGCGGGGAAGCUGGGUCGCGGAGCCGAGCCGGCCGCGCCCGCCAUGUACGACGACGAGAGCGCUAUCGACUUCAGCGCCUACAUCGACUCCAUGGCCGCCGUGCCCACCCUGGAGCUGUGCCACGACGAGCUCUUUGCCGACCUCUUCAACAGCAACCACAAGGCGGGCGCCCUGGAGCUGCUGCCCGGGGGCCCCGCGCGCCCCGCGGGCCCCGGCCCCGCGCCGCGACCGCUCAAGCGCGAGCCCGACUGGGGCGACGGCGACGCGCCCGGCUCGCUGCUGCCCGCGCAGGUGGCCGCGUGCGCGCAAACGGUGGUGAGCCUGGCGGCCGCCGCGCAGCCCACGCCGCCCGCGUCGCCCGAGCCGCCGCGCCGCAGCCCCGCGCCCUCAGCUCCCGGGGCGGCGCGCGACAAGGGAGCGGGCAAGCGGGGCCCGGACCGCGGCAGCCCCGAGUACCGGCAGCGGCGGGAGCGCAACAACAUCGCCGUGCGCAAGAGCCGCGACAAGGCCAAGCGGCGCAACCAGGAGAUGCAGCAGAAGCUGGUGGAGCUUUCGGCCGAGAACGAGAAGCUACAGCAGCGCGUGGAGCAGCUCACGCGGGACCUGGCCGGCCUCCGGCGCUUCUUCAAGCAGCUGCCCGGCGCGCCCUUCUUGCCCGGCGCGGGGGCGGCGGACGCGCGGUGACGCGGGGGGCGUGCGGGCUGCGGCCGCAGUGCCUGGAACCGCCGGGCCGGACCCCCGGGCUGGGCCGGGACUCGGACAGCUGCCGCGUGGACCCUAAG